AUGUCCCAUGUACAUGGUAGGCCAUUCGUGCGUCUCCAGUCGCACGGCACAUGGGUUUCCAGGCACCGGUUUAGGGAAACAAUCCAGCAGCGUGAUGCGGGUUCCGCCUUCGCGUCAAGCGGCACCCCGGCUUGUCAAAGGCGUCUUCCAAUUCAUGUGUUCCCCGAGGGCAUCCAGCCUGCGAGCAUACAGAUCAACGGCCUGAUUGGCGCAUGGCAGAGAAAGCGGCGGCGCAGACGAUCUGCAAAAGGCCGACAAGCUCGCAUGGGACAUGGUCAGGGCGCGCAUCCGCUUUGUCGCCCGCCGCAGGCGGCUCGCGGGGCUGGAGGGCGGCGCGUACACGCAGGACGCCAAGACGAGCAGCAUUUACGAGGCCGACCCAAUGCCCAAGGCGACCCUGGAGACGUUUUCGCUGCUGGCGGAGAACUACCGGGUGCGGAGGCUGCAGAAGCCCAUGGAGGACUCUGGGUUGCCUUCAGGGAGGCCGAGAUCAGCCCCGACGCGUUCAUGCUGAACCAGCUCAUGGAAUCACACUCGCAGUUCGGGGACAUUGAUGAGGCACAGGAACUGUACCGGUCGCUCGUGCACCAGCGCGGCGUCAAACCGGAUUCGUACACUUUUAUGGCCUUGUGGAAGAUGAUUGGCGUCAACAGACUGCAGAUUCUCUCCGAGGACCGCGCGGCCGGGGAGAUUCGACUCACGAGAGAGACGUUUGCCGAGACGGUCCGUUUCGCGCACGUCUUCAAGGGCCAGAGCCUCGACGGGCAGCUGGCGCGCAAGAUGCUCCACACGUUCCGCCGGCUGAAGGACAACCUGGGCCUCGUUGUGGCGAUGCGUGCGCUCCGGGCCGUGUUCGGCUAUGUCCCGCCCGAGGUUCUGGGCCUCGAGAUGGUCGUCGGCACGACCAACCUUGCGUGGGACACUGCGACGGCACGGCAGAAGCUGCGACUCGCGAAACGCAAGAUCGACAAGUGGGUCGAGGACAGGCAGAAGCAGCUCGGCAGACCGGUGCGGACGCUGGACGACAUGACGCCCGAAGAGCGGGGGCUGGAGAUGAUGGAGUACCUAGAGAGCGAGUAUCUGCCUGCGGCACGAAAUAUCGAGGACGAUCUUGCCGAUGUCGCUCGUGAGAUGGGCGUGUACGAUAUUGUAAAAGACCACUAG